AUGUCCAAAGGGAAAUUCAAAACGUUGACUUUGAAUGAAGUUGAUGAAAACUCUAAAAGGAAUAAACACAAACGAGUUGAACAAAUUGUUUUAAGACCAUUUUGGCCAGAGACCCUUGGAAGCUUUGGUUCACUUUUUUUCCACCAAAUUAUCAUGUCAUUCGCGCUCGCAGGGAUUCAAUUUGAAGUGAAAACUUAA